CUGCUGUUCAGUCAGACACCAGCUUCCUGCUGUCUUUAAUACAAAAACUAAUCGUUAACGUCGGAGUUUUUCUUAGUCUAAAGAAUAUGGAAAGCUGCACAAAAUUGUGGACUGAUGAGGAGGUCCGGGCAUUUCUUUCGAUUUACGCAGACGAAGAGAUCCAGGGGGACUUUGAGUCGUCGACUCGAAAAGAAAAAGUAUACCAGAAGAUCUCGAAGCGCUUGUCUGAACUCGGAAUCAACCAUAACGCUAAGCAAUGCCGUGAAAAGAUUAAGAAAAUGAAGCAAGACUACAAAAAGGUCAAAGACCACAAUAAUCGCAGCGGUUCCGACCGACGGAGCGGCAAAUGGUUCGCCGCGAUGGACGCGAUUCUGGGACACCGACCGGAGUACUGCGGGAUUGUAGGCGUCAGAGACUCUUCUGUUCAUUUCUACGAAACAGAAAACAGCAUGAUCCCGCAGACAGAAGAACUGCCACCAGAAGAUGAAAAACCCAUCAUCCUGAUGCCUCCGAGCGUGGUGCAGCCCCUCGGCUCUUCCAGUCCUCGGCCUUCCAGCCCCGCGUCCUCCAGCUCAGCGGCGUCUUUUCCGUCCACCGCCUCCCCUCAUGUGCGCAAACACCUGAGAGGAAAAAGGAAGAGAGAUGAUUACUUUAUUGCUGCAAUGAUGGACAUGGAGCAGAGAACAGUGGAGGUGCCUGAGACAAGGCCAGGAGGAGAGAAAUCAGCUGCUGCACCUCAUGCUGGAGCAUGACGCCCAGGAGGCCGCAGCACUACGAGAAGAGGCUGCCGCUCUACGGCACGAGUGGGAGGAAGAAAGACGUGAGAGGAGCGCCUUUCAUCAGGGAUUUCUGUGUGUCCUUGACCGGCUUGUCCAAGUAAUGGACAAGAGGAACCAGCAUCCAGUGAACUGAUGCUUUAUUGAGAUCCUCUUUUCUCUUUUUCUUUUUUUUUUUGUCUUGCACUGG